AUGAAAUAUUCAAAUUUAUUAUUUAUUGUAUUUGUUAUAACAUUGUUAUCACUUAAUCAAAAUGUAAAAGUGGUGUCCGCUACCCCUAAGAUGCCUGGUACCUUUACCACUGUCAGGAAUGUCCUAAUCGCCGCAGCUCAGAUUACAAUACCAGAGAUGAUCCCAGGUUUUCCACCACCUAUGGCAGGUGCCCUCGUCAAUUCUUUGUUCCCGAAUCAAGCCGAUCCUCAAGCAGUAUGGAACAGUAUCCUAGUGUAUGCUCAAGCUGCAAUCGAUAAGAGUAUUGACACUGCAACAUACUCUUUGGUUCAAUCAGAAUUACUUGGAUUCUCUCAAUUAAUGGAUGAAUAUUACUUUGCUGCAAUGUCCGAUCCAGAUUCCACCCCAGACUACCUAAGUUCUGUUUACAUUUCAUGUGUUACUCAAGUGAUUCGUCAAGAACAACUUUUCAAAACACAACAAUUCCAAGCAACACUCUUGCCUUUGUUUGCUCAGUUUGCAAAUUUAUAUUUAACAUUCAUUCGUGAUGGUGUAAAUUAUGGAAAUCAAUUAGGAUGGAGUCAAUCUGUUAAAACUAAAUAUGAUAGUUUGAUGAAAUCAAAGAUUAUCAGUUAUGCCGAUUAUUCAAAUUCAGUUAUCAACACCCGUAUUCAAUCAUUACCUUUCACUGAUUCAACACCUGAAUCACCAGCUCAAUGGAAUCAGAUUUCAGAUGAACUCAAUCAUUUCUAUAUGUCAGUAACAUUGUUUUCAUACAAUUGGAAAUACUUUGAUGUCAAGUUAUAUCCUACUGGUGGUUCGAUUGGUCCAGUUUCACAUAUUCUUUUAUCAAAUCUUGCUGGUGUUUUCAAUGAUGAUUGCAGAAUCGAUGCUUGUAAGAAAUUGAAUCGACCUGAAACAGUUGCAUCUCAAGUAUCAACCACAAGAAUGAUGUCAAAAAUCACACCAUAUUUCCACACUGGUCUCAGUCUUGUUGGACUCAACAUUGAAUACAAUGAUGGAUCAACAAAGAUGAUUGGACGUUCAUCAGGAUCAAAUGUUACACCAUAUCCUACAUUAGUUUUAAGACAAGUUCCAAUUGUUUCAGUAUCUGUCUCCACUGAUCCAAUUCAUACUCAUGCAAUCACCUUCACAUAUAUCGAUUCGACCAAAGACACUCUCGGAAAUGUUGCCACCAAUUCCAAAGCUCAAAAAUAUGAUUCAUCGUAUCCUGGUCAAUGUGUUGUUGAUAUUGUUGAACCAGCUUAUGAAUUGGAGGAUUAUUCUUAUAUAAGUGGUCUAGCAAUUGCCUAUGAUGAUAUUGAUUUCCGUUUCCCAGUUUCUUCGUCACCCAUUGCUGUCUCAAUAUAUUUAUAUAACGAACAAAACUUUGUAUUCAGAUAUCUUUACAAUCUUCCAAAUAAACCAUCAACUGAUUUUGCAAUCAAUAUUGGGCCAACAAGUCAAGUCAAUAUUCCAAACCUUAGUGCUUAUGAUUUUGGAACCAUUGAUUUCUCAGCAACAUCGCUUGUACAAACAACAGUACCAGGAACAAUCAUGUCAAAUAAACCUGAUCUUGCAGGUAAUAACAAUGGUGGAUGGAGAAUUGUCAUCAAUACAAGUGGUGUCAUUGUUUUCAUAAUUGAUAACGGUCUCAAUUCGUACAGAACAAUAACAUCAUCAACACAAAUUCUUGAUGGAAAUUGGCAUCAUAUUGCUGUUGUUAGAAGAUCUGAGUUCAUUGGAAAUUUGGUUGGAUGCUGUUAA